AUGGAGGGGCUCCUCAACGGCGCACCAUCUCAUCCUACGCCUCUUCUAUCGCGUCUUCACCUCCGACUUCCCCCAUAUCCGGAUCUCCGCAACGCCGUAUUCGUCGAGAUCCUAUUCGACUUUCUGGGCAGAGAUGCCCCUCUCCUUCGCUCACUAUGCAUUCAAGGCGUGUUUGGGUUCGACAACCUCCUUCGAUCACCGAUUCUCCGGAACUUAACGGAGUUGAGACUCUCUCAGACGGGGAGAUGUCAGGAAACAUUCGACGACAUCUGGCGCGCUAUCACGCCCAUCCGUCAUCAACUCGAGACCCUUGUCCUAGACGACGUCUUACCCUUCAUCCCCAGCAAGCGUUUUGUACCUUUCGAUAAUGGGAACGCGUGCGUUAUUGAGCUCCCGAACCUUACCCAUCUCGAAAUUUCAGGCCAAAUCCGGGGGUGCUGCUGGUUCGCUAGGCGCAUCAAAGUCUCCCCCGAUGCUGUCGUUUUCUGCGACGUCGUACACGAAGAAAUGCUCGAUAGAAAGGCGUCGGAAUAUGCCCCGCGCUUGCUCCAGCCCAUGCCGAACAUCUCUUCCCUGCCCCUGAAAUCGCUAUACGUCUUUGUCUCCUCCUAUCACAAUUGCCCCACUAUCAAAUGUGGCACCAGUCGCUUCCUCGGUGUCCCCCAGUCCUCGGACAAGGUGUUCGCCACCGGUGCCCAGUUCACCAUCGCAUUCGACCUGUCAGAAACAUACAUUCGUUACGAAGCCGACCGCCCAGAAGACGACCUUACGCUUCACUCCCUCAUAUGUGAUCAUCUCGUUCUGGAUCAUGUACAGGACUUCGUGAUCGUCCAACGUGGGGUCGCACAACCAGAGCGAUGGGGGAAGCUGUUGGGACGGCUGGGAAGCCUGGAGACGUUGAUUUUGGGAUGGAAGGACCCCUUACCCAUACUCGCGUUCAUCUCUGGGCUCGAUUCGGCUUCGUCUAUCAAAGAGCGACUGCAUCCGUCAUAUCCGGAAGGCUUGCUUCCACGCCUGACCACCCUUGUCCUCGCCAAGUGGGAUUUCCAAGACGGUGUACCUUCGGUCCUGUUGGACUGCCUCCGCACGCUCGUAGAUCGACGGAGCGCGGAGGCCGACGACACUGGGUUUGGGUUGAGAGAGUUGCGCCUGGUAGGAUGUCAAGUGGCGGGAGGGCAGAUUGAGACGUUGGAGAGAGCCGUUGAGAAGGUAUUCGUGUGUUGA